GGAUUCUUUUACACCAAAUUUUUUCCAGAACUUGGUUAACACUAUGCCCCAAAGAAUUUCAGCCGUAAUAAAAAAUAAUGGUGAUGUUACCCAAUGGUAAUCUUUCAAUUGUUGCUUUGUAAACUUCGCACAUUUAUUCGCACAUUGUUUAUUUGUUCAGAUGUUCUAUUAGUUAUAGGUCUAAGUGAUUUCAGAUAUGUAUUUUCUAUGACUAGAGUGUAUCUAAAAUGUUUUUGAGAAAAUAAACUGUUUUAGAAGUAAA